CCCCAGCAAACACCUUUUUUUUUUCCCUUGGAGAAGGGUCAACACUAGGGAGAGAAUUAAAACCCUCGUAGAACCCUUGCUUCUUCUUCAUUCAUUCAUUUCUUGGUUGAUUUUCUGCAUUUGAAUGUUAAAAUAGUAUCGAAAUUAAAUAGCAAUGGAGGAAAAGGACGAAGGUACUCCGAAUAGAGAGCUGUAUGCUUUGCUUAACAUCUCCCCAGAUGCUUCCACCGAUGAAAUCCGCAAAGCUUAUCGCCAGUGGGCUCAAGUCUAUCAUCCUGAUAAAUACCAAGCUUCUCAUAUGAAAGAAAUUGCGACGGAGAAUUUUCAGCGGAUAUGUGAGGCAUAUGAAAUACUCUCAGAUGAGAAUAAAAGACAGAUAUAUGAUAUAUAUGGUAUGGAAGGUUUGAAAUCUGGUUUAGAACUUGGAGUGAAGCUAAAUAAAGCUGAAGAAAUUAAGGAAGAACUUGAAAGGUUACGUCGCAUAAAGCGACAAGAAAAAAUGGCCCAUGUUCGACCUACUGGUUCUAUUGUUGCCAAUGUCUCAUUGCCACAAUUUUUGGAUGGUGAUGGCAUUAUGAGGGGAAUGGCCAUGGCCAGUGAGGUACAGUCUCAAAUGUCCGAACGCAUUGCAGUUGCCAUAGGCGGGAACUUAGCAGUUACAGGCAACUCAGGUCGUGGAGCUGCUUCUGCUGUACUUAAACAUCAGAUAUCUCCAGUUGCCUCCAUUGAGUAUAUGGCAUCUGCUGGUCUGCAGUCAAUUAUUGGUAUACAAACAACACGCCAAUUGUCACCUCACUCUUCUGCCACUGCUGGACUUGCAAUGUCACUUAAAGAUGGGUCAAUCAAUCUUUCUAAUUUAUGGACUCGCCAACUGUCUGAGACUUCUAAUGGAAAUAUACAACUUCUUCUGGGUACAGAAUCAUCUAUUGCUGUUGGAUGGCAGAAGAAAGAAGAGAAAAUGUCUGUUGCUGGAGAGAUAAAGUUAGGCACCAGCUCUUUUGGAGCAUCAGCUCAUUAUACUCACCGCUUUUCAUCAAAGUCUCACGGGCGUAUAACAGGCAGAGUAGGAAGUAAUGCCCUUGAGCUCGAAAUUGGUGGGGGGCGUAGAAUAUCUAACUUCAGCACUGUGCGGAUGUUAUAUUCUAUAGGAAUUCAGGGUAUCUUUUGGAAGUUUGAAUUGCAUCGCGGUGGUCAGAAGUUAAUAGUUCCUGUUUUGCUUUCAGGGUAUAUAAACCCUGUUUUUGCGGUAGGGGCAUUUGCUAUUCCAACAUCCCUUUAUUUCGUAGUAAAGAAAUUUGUUGCCAAACCUUAUUACCUUAGACGGGAGAAGCACAAGGCACUUGAAGUUAUGGAAAAAACCUCUGGCCAGGUUCAAGAGGCUAGAGCAGCAGCAGCAAAGGCUCAACAGCUCUUAGAAAAUGUAGCCACUAGAAAGAGGAAUAAACAAAGCGAAGUUGGAGGAUUGAUCAUCAAAAAAGCAGUGUAUGGAAGUGCGAAAGCUCUGAAGAAGCAGGAUGAUUUGGAAGAAUCAGACGAAUUAGCUUCACAAAUUAUUGAUGUUACUAUACCUCUAAAUUUCUUAGUUAGCGAUUUGGGGGAACUUAAGCUUCAUGAGGGUGUGAAGAAAUCAGGCAUUAUGGGAUUUUGUGAUCCAUGUCCUGGAGAACCUAAGAAACUUCUGGUCAAGUACGCUUACAACGGUGAAAACUGCCAGGUGGUUGUUGAAGACUACGAGGAGUUGCGGUUACCUCAGGAAGCUCAUAAGAUGUAGAACUAUUCCAUAAGGGACGAGGCCAAUUUUCACCCCCCUUAUUUACAUGCGAGGCACCUACAUCAAAUUUGAGGCUUAUACAAUUUAACAUUUGACAGUUACCAUUGUAUUGUAAUUAUUUUUACUUGAUGGCUAAUGCAAUAAAAACACUGUAUAUCAUUUUUUGUUAGUUCUUCUACAGAUUCAAAGGCGUAAGCUGGCUGGGAUGAUUUCGUUUGUAUUUAAUUAUUUCUCGGAAUAAUAAACUGAUUAGAAUGAUUGUAGCAA